GCUGCCCGGGCUCGCCGGUUAAAGCGCCGCGCUCUCCCGACCCUUCGUCUCGUCCCUUUCUCUUCUCAGCAUCUCGCCAGCUCACUGGGCGGCAGCCAGCGGUGGGAGGAAGCGGCCUCAAGGAUGAAGUGCAAGCCAAACCAGACGCGCACCUACGACCCGGAGGGGUUCAAGAAGCGGGCGGCGUGCCUGUGCUUCCGGAGCGAGCUCGAGGACGAGGUGCUGUUAGUGAGUAGCAGUCGGUACCCCGACCGCUGGAUCGUGCCGGGUGGGGGCAUGGAGCCCGAGGAGGAGCCGUGCGGUGCGGCGGUCCGAGAGGUGUACGAAGAGGCGGGAGUCAAGGGGAAGUUAGGCCGGCUCCUGGGCGUAUUCGAACAGAACCAAGAUCGCAAGCACAGAACGUACGUGUUCGUACUGACCGUCACUGAGCUGCUGGAGGAUUGGGAAGAUUCGGUUAACAUUGGGAGGAAACGAGAGUGGUUCAAAAUCGAAGAUGCCAUCAAGGUUCUCCAGUGCCACAAGCCCGUGCAUGCCGAAUAUCUGGAAAAACUAAAGCUGGGCGGUUCCCCAACCAAUGGAAACUCCGUGGCCCCGUCCGUGCCUGAUAGCGAUCCCUAAUCAACAGCAAAUAUGUUUGGGAUUGGUCUAAAGAAUCACUGAUAGAAACCUAGCAAUCAAUGGAAUUGUCAAGUACAGGUGAGCACUUCCGUGUUCCCAAGGAGACAGCUCAUCUAUUUUUUCUUCUGCAUCUUGGGACACUCUUCCUUGUCUAUUCCACUGGCUCUUGCUCUGGUUGUUGUACUAUUGUACGUGAACAGACUCUUAAUUCAGCACCUGUAGCCUUUUGUUGUGCUUUUUUGAUGUAUCUGCCUUCUUCAUUGGACUAUGCUAUCUUUGAAAACAAAGACUAUUUUUCCUUACUCUUUGCAUAUUCUGCGUUUUAGACACUACUUGAAAUAUAGUUGGCAUUGCUGAAGGUUCUUUGACUCAGUUAAUAUUUUGUAAUCACUGUGUGGCAAAACAUUCCCUUCUAUUCUGGUGCUAGUAUAUGCUGUCUUGGCACCAUGUAUGUGGCUUUUGUGUAUGAGGUAUUUCAGAAACAUUUCAAAGCAGUUGUAAGAUGUUUGAGGGCAAACAUUAUUACUCAUACUUGUAUGUCAUAACCACACAGUGGUUAGCACAGUUUUAAGAUUGCUGUUUUAAGAUUGUCACUUAGGGCAAUGUUUUGUAGAACCAGUCCUUCAUAUAACUACUUUAGUGUUUUUGUACUGUUGAUAAUUUGCUUAAAACUUUAGUGAAAAAAUAUUGCUUGCUAUAAAGGUAAUUGUAAAAAUAAAUUCA